AUGGAAGAGAUGCAGUCAUUGCCAAAACCUCAAACAUCUGACGCUACUUUACCGUCAGUACCAUACUCGAAUUCACUUCUUAAGCUCCAGGCACACUUGAAUAGCAAGACAUGUAGUUGUUGUUUCAAUCUUCAUCCAUUGACUACUGCUCGAAUCGUCAAUGAACGAGCUAUGUCAGGCUAUGUUGCUAAUUUGUGGACACUCGGAGAAAGUCGCUGGACAUCGGAAGUCAGUGCUCCGUUUUAUGGUGAUGAACCUAUACCCAAUAAUCCAGUUGGAGAUAUUUGGCAUAAUUAUUCCUUCGAGCGACCGAAUCAAACUAUGCUUGAUAACACACAAUCUCGACAACUCGUUCGGGAUCUGAAAGAGACUCAACGUCGAGAGUGA